GAUACGGCUGAGAAGAAAUAGUUGAUCCAUCCCAGCACCUUCACGUGUCUCAAAAGUCAAAAAUCCCCAAACCCUAUUUUUUCUCUCUCUGGUGCCUGUCUCACAACUCUCCUUGUCUUUGUCCUCUGUCCACUUGGGUUUUAGCUUUCCCCAUCUCCUCCUCCUCCUCGUCCUCUCUUCCUACGAGGAUUUUUCAAAUGACAGAGCCUUCAAAAGUCAUUCAUGUCCGCAAUGUGGGGCAUGAGAUUUCUGAGAAUGACUUGCUUCAGCUGUUUCAACCAUUUGGAGUCAUCACCAAACUUGUAAUGCUUCGGGCAAAAAAUCAGGCACUUCUUCAAAUGCAAGAUGUUCCUUCAGCUGUAAAUGCUUUACAAUUCUACACUAAUGUUCAACCAAGUAUAAGGGGAAGAAAUGUUUAUGUCCAGUUUUCAUCACAUCAAGAACUAACAACCAUGGAUCAGAAUACUCAGGGACGAGGAGACGAGCCUAACCGAAUUCUCUUAGUUACAAUACAUCAAAUGCUAUACCCCAUUACUGUGGAAGUGCUGCAUCAAGUGUUUUCUCCCCAUGGAUUUGUAGAGAAGAUUGUCACCUUUCAGAAGUCGGCUGGCUUCCAGGCUUUGAUUCAGUAUCAAUUACAGCAAAGUGCUGUUUCUGCAAGAAAUGCCCUUCAGGGUCGAAAUAUAUAUGAUGGUUGCUGUCAGCUAGACAUUCAAUUCUCUAACCUGGAUGAGUUACAAGUAAACUACAAUAAUGAACGAUCUAGGGAUUUCACAAACCCUUCACUGCCUUCGGAACAGAAGGGUAGAUCCUCUCAUCCUGGAUAUGGUGACGUAGGAGUUGGAUAUCCACAGAUGGCCAGUGCUGCUGCAAUUGCGGCUGCCUUUGGAGGUGGUUUACCUCCUGGAAUUAGUGGGACGAAUGAUAGGUGCACUGUUCUUGUUUCUAAUUUGAAUCCAGAAAGCAUUGAUGAGGACAAGCUGUUUAACCUGUUCUCCAUUUAUGGAAAUAUUGUGAGAAUCAAACUUCUGCGGAAUAAACCUGAUCAUGCUCUUGUACAGAUGGGGGAUGGUUUUCAGGCUGAAUUGGCUGUGCACUUUUUGAAGGGAGCUAAGCUUUUUGGGAAGCGCUUGGAGGUUAAUUUUUCAAAGCAUCCAAACAUCACAACUGGUGCUGAUACGCACGAGUAUUCUAAUUCAAACCUUAACCGGUUUAACCGAAAUGCUGCAAAAAAUUACCGGUACUGUUGCUCCCCAACAAAGAUGAUACACCUGUCCACCCUCCCUCAGGAGGUAACUGAGGAGGAAAUCGUGGCCCACUUGGAGGAGCACGGAACUAUAGUUAAUUCUAAGCUCUUCGAAAUGAAUGGAAAGAAGCAAGCUCUUGUGCUAUUUGAAAAUGAGGAACAAGCCACUGAAGCCCUCGUGUGCAAGCAUGCAACAUCUCUUGGUGGUUCAACCAUUCGGAUUUCAUUUUCUCAGUUACAGAGCAUAUGAGUAUUUGCUGGCUUGCAUCCACAAGAAAUGGGGUUGUGGAGUGAAAAUCAAUCUUCCAGUAACUGAUUUGAACAGUCGUCCUGUAACUUUAGUUUGAUUUACUGAAUACUUUGAUUUUUUUUUUCUUACCCAUAAAUGCUUGUACCAUCACUGUCAUUUUCUUUUAUUAACAAAGGUUGGGAACUUCGGAGUGUUACGAGUUUUGUAGGAAUAGAAGAGCGGAGGCCUCCUUUGUUUUCUGAGAGAGAGGUUCUUUGCUGCCUUGUAAAUAUCCUGAAGGUUAAUGUGGGCAUUAUGCUAUGUUGCUA